GAGGAGGAGACAGAAGCCAAGGCUGAGCUCCAGCGCUCACUCUCCAAGGCCAACUCUGAGGUGGCACAAUGGAGGACCAAGUAUGAGACAGAUGCCAUCCAGCGCACUGAGGAACUUGAGGAAGCCAAGAAGAAGCUGGCCCAACGGCUGCAGGAGGCUGAGGAGGCAGUGGAGGCGGUCAAUGCCAAGUGUUCCUCUCUAGAGAAGACCAAGCACCGGCUGCAGAAUGAGAUUGAAGAUCUCAUGGCUGACCUUGAGCGGUCGAAUGCAGCAGCUGCUGCUUUGGACAAGAAGCAGAGGAACUUUGACAAGAUCUUGUCUGAGUGGAAGCAGAAGUUUGAAGAGUCACAGAUGGAGCUGGAGGCAUCGCAGAAAGAGGCCAGAUCCCUCAGCACUGAGCUCUUCAAACUGAAGAAUGCCUAUGAGGAGUCACUUGAUCACCUGGAGACCUUAAAAAGGGAAAACAAGAACCUCCAAGAGGAGAUUUCGGACCUCACGGAGCAGCUGGGUGGCAGCCACAAGACCAUCCAUGAGUUGGAGAAGGUCCGGAAGCAGCUGGAUGCUGAGAAGCUGGAACUUCAAGCAGCGCUGGAGGAGGCUGAGGCCUCUCUGGAGCACGAAGAGGGAAAGAUCCUGAGGGCCCAACUGGAGUUCAACCAAGUCAAGGCAGACUAUGAGCGCAAGCUGGCUGAGAAGGACGAGGAGAUGGAGCAGGCCAAGCGUAACCAUCUGCGGGUGGUGGACUCGCUGCAGACCUCACUGGAUGCUGAGACCCGGAGCCGCAAUGAGGCCCUGCGGCUGAAGAAGAAGAUGGAGGGUGACCUCAAUGAGAUGGAGAUCCAGCUCAGCCAUGCCAACCGCAUAGCCGCUGAGGCCCAGAAGCAAGUCAAGACAUUGCAGGGCUACCUCAAGGACACUCAACUGCAGCUAGAUGACGUGGUCAGGGCCAAUGAGGACCUGAAGGAGAACAUUGCCAUCGUGGAGAGGAGGAACAACCUCCUCCAGUCUGAACUGGAGGAGCUGCAGGCAGUGGUGGAGCAGACUGAGAGAGCCCGCAAAUUGGCUGAGCAGGAGCUGAUUGAGGCCAGCGAGAGGGUCCAGCUUCUCCACUCACAGAACACCAGCCUCAUCAACCAGAAGAAGAAGAUGGAGGCUGACAUCUCCCAGCUGCAGACAGAGGUGGAAGAGGCCAUCCAGGAGUGCAGAAAUGCUGAGGAGAAGGCCAAGAAGGCCAUCACUGACGCGGCCAUGAUGGCAGAGGAGCUGAAGAAGGAGCAGGACACCAGCGCCCACCUGGAGCGGAUGAAGAAGAACAUGGAGCAGACCAUCAAGGACCUGCAGAUGAGGUUGGAUGAGGCCGAGCAGUUGGCCCUCAAGGGGGGCAAGAAGCAGCUGCAGAAGCUGGAGGCCCGUGUGAGGGAGUUGGAGAAUGAGCUGGAGGGUGAGCAGAAGCGCCAUGCUGAGAGUGUCAAGGGUCUCCGCAAGUCUGAGCGUCGUGUCAAGGAGCUCAGCUACCAGACAGAGGAGGACCGCAAGAACCUGGUUCGGCUCCAGGACCUGGUGGACAAGCUCCAGCUGAAGGUCAAGGCCUACAAGCGACAGGCGGAGGAGGCGGAGGAACAAGCCAACUCCAAUCUGGCCAAGUUCCGCAAGGCACAGCAUGAACUGGACGAGGCAGAGGAGCGUGCCGACAUUGCUGAGUCCCAGGUCAACAAGUUGCGGGCCAAGAGCCGUGACAUUGGAGCCAAGAAGGGACUCAACGAGGAGUGAAGCUCUGAAUUCCCUGCUGUAUUCCCUGGACCUCUAAAUGCCCUACCCCUGCUCCCAGCCCCCUAACCUUGGUCAGUCAAUAAAAAGAAUUGAGCAGCA